AUAACGUGUUGUAUAAACAGUUGGAGAAAUUCCUAAGAUUCGUUAAAUUGCAAGCGUCCAAGUACCGGACGAACAACGUAAUUCUCACGAUGGGCGAGGAUUUUAAUUACUUAAAUGCCGAAAUGUGGUACACAAAUUUGGAUAAACUCAUACGGUACGUGAAUGAGAGAAACGGCACGAAUUACAACGCCUUUUAUUCCACUCCUUCGUGUUACUUGAAGUCGUUGAACGAGCAGAAUCUCAAGUGGCCGGCAAAGACGGACGAUUUCUUCCCAUAUUCGAGUGACCCCCACGCCUUCUGGACUGGAUACUUCUCCUCCAGACCCACCCUCAAAUUCUUCGAAAGAUUGGGAAAUAACUUCUUGCAGAUUGUGAAACAAUUAUCCGUCUUGACGAACGAGCCGGAUACCAAAGAGCUGCAGCUAUUCCGCGAGGCUAUGGGCGUGAUGCAGCACCACGACGCGAUAACCGGCACCGAAAAACAACACGUGGCCGAGGACUAUGCCAGACUGCUACACUACAGCUUCAAAAACGGAGAAAGCAUUGCUUCCAAGGCCAUAAACAAGUGGGCCAUGAAAAAACAACCGAAGCGAGAAGCCGAGUUCAACACCUGUUUGCUGCUCAACAUCAGCUCCUGCGAGCACUCCUCCGAAAAUAAAAAAUUCGUCGUGACGGUUUACAACCCGACGAGCCAGCCACUCGCGACGUUCGUCCGCCUGCCGGUGCAGGGUGCAUCCUACGCCGUUCGAGAUCACACCGGAAAGGAGCUGGUGACGCAGGUCUUGCCGAUUUCCGACCAGGUGAAGAACAUCCCGGGCCGGUUCGGCCGAGCUGAUAACGAACUGCUCUUCGAAGCUGCCGGUGUCGCGCCACUGGGAUUCCAGUCUUUCUACGUGACCGAAGCCACUGGCGAGAUGCAGAGCGACGAGCCCGUGGUUAACAAUAAGGUACAAGUGGCGAAUACAAAUACGUUCAGCAUUACCAUGACCCCGGAGGGCAGACUAGCCAUUAGAUCGGCGAGAACCGGCAAGGAAAUCGUGCAGUCGUUCCAUUACUACGAGGGCGCGGCGGGUAGCAAUCAAGCGUUCGAAGACAGGUCCUCGGGGGCGUAUAUUUUCCGGCCCAAGGAAAAUUUCGCCAAAAACUUCUCGACAGCCGGGACUUUCAAUGUCGUUAAGGGACCUUUGGUCGAGGAAGGCCGGUACGUGAUAAACGAUUGGGUGAGCCAAAUAGUCAAAGUCUACAAAAACAAGCCGUACGUGGAAUGCGACUGGAUCGUCGGACCGAUUCCCGUUAGGGACGCGAUCGGCAAGGAGAUCAUCACGAGGUACUCGAGCGACCUGAAAAACCACGCCGAGUUCUUCACCGACAGCAACGGGCGCGAGAUGCUGAGGCGCAGAGUCAACUACCGGCCGACUUGGGAGGUCCACCUGGAGGAGCCGAUCUCCGGGAACUAUUACCCCGUGACCAGUAAAAUACUCAUCGAGGACCAAAAGGAGAGGGAGCGCCUGGCCGUGCUUACCGAUCGCGCUCAGGGCGGGACGAGCCUGAAGGAGGGUGAGAUCGAGCUCAUGCUGCACCGGAGACUACUCAUGGAUGACGCCUUUGGGGUCGGCGAGGCGCUCAACGAAUCGGCCUACGGCGAGGGUCUCGUCACCAGGGGACAGCACUACAUUCUCGACGGUAGUCUGGACAACGUCGACGAGGUGGUGCUGGCCGAGAAAGAACUGGCCGUCCAGCUGGCCUUGAGACCUUGGAUCUUCGUUACACCCACGCUGGACUCGUUCGACGAGUACAACGAAUACUACGAGAUGAAGGGCGAUGGUUUGGUCGGUGAGUUACCGAGGAACGUUCAGAUACUGACUCUCGAGCCCUGGAAGGAUGGGGAGGUUCUCCUUCGUCUGGAGCACAUUUUUGAAAAGGACGAGACUCGCGCGUACUCGAUCCCGGCGCAAGUUGAUCUGAAGAACAUCUUUUCCGGUUUCACCGUGCAAUCGGUUCAAGAGACUACGCUCGGGGCUAAUAAAUGGGCAAAAGAUAAGAAACGGCUCGAUUGGCAAUUGGAAGUCGACGACGUCGUUGACAACGAAGUAACCGAAAAUACUCUAGACGCUUCGUACGUUGUUACUCUCAAACCCAUGGAAAUCCGGACGUUCGUUGUCAAGCUCGCACCUGGUACUACAUCUGCCUAGAUGAUGUGUAUGAUUUCUUUGUUGAGGAAUUUUUUUUUUAAUUAUACAUAUUGUAUAAUAAAUGUAAGGUCCAUUAUAUCUGUUUACAGACUGUAAUAUGUGAUUUAACAAAUUUUCAU